AGUGCAGCUCUAGGUGGUCGGGUGGUGCAUUGCAACAAAAGCCCUUUUGACAAAGACCACUGUGUACGCACUGGUGUGGCUUUUUUCGCAGUCCCUGCAAGGCACAUCCACAUCCAACCUGAAAUCAUUCACUUGCCAACCCUAACUCCACCAUCUCUGAAGCACAUCCAUCCAACCAUGGUACAGCUUCAUAGUGAUAUCAAUCUCUUAUGUUGUUGGAUUGCAUUAAUUCCCUUUCCUCGUACUCUUUAUCUUCGUGCCACAUGUCUCAUGUGGGGAUCCAAAGAUCCCCCAGCUCAGCACAUUCACCACACACGUUGGCAUAACAAAGAUAGAUUGAGAUGAAAAGUCCUUCUCCCUGAUCACGAUGUCUCUGAAUCUCUUCCGUAACAAACCACCAACUCUCCAGAAACACCCCCGAACUCUUUUCCUUGAAGGCCAUAUCCACCAUGCUGCGAGAAUUCCGCGCAUUGAGUCUGCUGAUACUCAUCUUCGGUGCCGUUAAUGUCAUCGCUGUCGGCCUCUUUACGAUCAGUCUUUUGAACCGUCCACGCAACAAAACCCAUCAACCCACAGAAUGCCGCGUCCUCAUCCAGGGCCAUCGCUUCCGAGCCCGCAAGAACGGCCUCUCGCCUCACCGCGCGCGAAUCCGGCCAAACGCCCGACUAGCCUUCGUCUUUGGAAUUGAAAACGUCUUUACCACCCCAGACGAAGAGUACGCGACUCAUUUUGUCAGAAACGCAAGGCAUUUGAUCAACCUCAAAGCUCAAGACUGGGAACGACUGGCCAAAACGCUCCAAUCCACAGCUAACGAGCUCAUCAGCACAGCGGACCGCCUCCACCUCGCAAGCGUAGUCCAGUCCCUCUCACUCCGGAUCAUCCUGAUCACACUGCUGAAAGCAGAGCUAGACACCCUCCCCGGCGCCGACAAGCACAUGAACGACGUCGAUCUCAUCGAAUUCGCCCACAACCCCGACCUCCAAGCCUGCCUCUCCGCCCUCUUCCCCACCUUUGCAAGGACCAACCCCCGUGAUAAUCCACUAUGCUGGAUUCUCCCCGGCUUCGAGACAAGCUGGCGCAUCAUCCUGCGCAUGGUCCUGGAACUCCUGCUCAACACGGGCCAGACUCAUCUCGACUGGACGGCCACGAUGAUCGCUUUCGCAGAAAACCCCACGAAGACACAGUUCGAAGCCCGGGGAGCAGACGGCGUCUCCGCCAAGGAUCUAGUGGCGGAGGGGCUGCGGCUGUACCCCCCGACCAAGCGGAUCUACCGCGCGUUCGAAUGGGAGGAGAACGGUGCGAGAAACUCGGAUACCUUCGCCGCGGACGUGGAGGCUUGUCAUCUUGCGGGUGGAAAGCAGGCGUACUUGCCUUUUGGCGGUGCGCCGUUUGAGUGUCCCGCUAAGGCGGUCUUUGGGCCUAGGAUCAUUGCGCUGUUUGUUGGGGUUUUGGUGGACGUUGUGCAGGUGGGUAACGGUUGGAGGGUGGUUGAUAAGGAUGGAAACGCGGUAAAUGAUGUGUUCUGUGGGGAGAGGUUGAAGUAUGAUCGUGGCUCGUAUGAGGAGUUGUUUCUCGUUAGGGCGGCGGGUGGUGCCUAG